AUACUUCAUUCAGUGCUUCAUUCUACGUUCAUUCUUCGUGCGUAGUGGAGUGACGGCUUUUCGCUCCAAUAAAAUUUUGAAGAAAUUUAAAAUUUGGACUGUAAAUUGAGUCGUAAUGUACGAUCCGGAGGAUGAGGGAGAAGAGGAGGGAGCUUCAGCCGAGUUGUGGCAGGAGGCCUGUUGGAUCGUUAUCAAUGCGUAUUUCGAUGAAAAAGGUCUCGUCCGGCAGCAGCUCGACUCCUUUGAUGAGUUUAUUCAAAUGUCGGUGCAAAGAAUUGUGGAGGACUCGCCCGUAGUGGACUUACAAGCUGAGGCACAGCACAUGGGGGGAGAAGUGGAUACGCCGGCGCGCUAUGUUCUCAGAUUUGAGCAGAUCUAUCUCUCCAAGCCGACUCAUUGGGAGAAGGACGGCGCCCCCUCAGCUAUGAUGCCUAAUGAGGCGAGAUUGCGAAACCUGACAUAUUCUGCUCCCCUAUACGUAGACAUUACCAAGACAGUCGUGAGGGAGGAGACGGUAAAAGUUCCACAUCCGAAGACGUUCAUUGGGAAAAUUCCUAUCAUGUUGAGGUCGACUUACUGCAUCUUGAGUGGUCUUUCGGAUCGAGAUCUUACAGAGUUGAAUGAAUGUCCGUUGGAUCCGGGUGGUUAUUUUGUAGUUAAUGGAUCUGAAAAGGUUUUAAUCGCUCAAGAGAAAAUGGCGACAAACACGGUCUACGUGUUCAGUAUGAAGGACUCCAAGUAUGCGUACAAAGCUGAAAUCAGAUCUUGUCUGGAGCACUCGUCUCGGCCAACUAGCACACUCUGGGUGAACAUGAUGUCUCGCGGUGGACAAACGAUGAAAAAGACGUCCAUCGGACAGAAGAUUAUUGCAGUAAUUCCCUAUAUCAAGCAGGAAAUUCCUAUCAUGAUCGUCUUUCGAGCUUUGGGCUUCGUGGCGGAUCGCGAUAUCUUAGAACACAUCAUCUACGAUUUUGACGACCCGGAAAUGAUGGAGAUGGUCAAGCCCUCGCUGGAUGAGGCGUUCGUGGUCCAAGAACAAAAUGUGGCUUUAAACUUUAUCGGUGCAAGAGGGGCGAAACCCGGAGUGACACGUGAGAAGCGUAUUCGAUAUGCGAAAGAAAUCCUCCAAAAGGAAAUGUUGCCUCACGUCGGUGUCUCAGACUUUUGUGAAACUAAGAAGGCCUACUUUUUGGGCUACAUGGUCCAUCGCCUCCUUCUAGCUGCACUUGGCCGACGAGAGUUGGAUGAUCGAGAUCACUACGGGAAUAAGCGUCUCGAUUUAGCUGGUCCACUCUUGGCUUUUCUGUUUAGAGGACUGUUCAAGAACCUGACUAAAGAAAUCAGAAUGUAUGCACAAAAGUUUAUCGAUAAAGGGAAAGACUUUAAUCUGGAACUCGCCAUCAAGACGAGAAUCAUCACUGAUGGACUUAAAUACUCAUUGGCCACUGGUAAUUGGGGUGAUCAAAAGAAGGCCCAUCAAGCCAGAGCAGGCGUGUCACAGGUGUUGAACCGACUCACUUUUGCCUCUACUUUAUCUCACUUGCGUCGCGUAAACAGUCCAAUUGGUCGCGACGGGAAGUUGGCGAAGCCACGUCAAUUACAUAAUACAUUAUGGGGAAUGAUCUGUCCUGCCGAAACUCCAGAAGGGGCGGCCGUUGGUCUAGUCAAGAAUCUGGCUUUGAUGGCCUACAUUUCUGUGGGGUCACAACCCAGCCCAAUUCUCGAGUUCUUGGAGGAGUGGUCAAUGGAGAAUUUAGAAGAAAUUGCGCCUUCAGCCAUUGCCGAUGCCACUAAAAUCUUUGUCAACGGUUGCUGGGUCGGCAUACAUCGAGACCCUGAACAGUUGAUGACAACUCUGCGAAAGCUACGUCGCCAAAUGGACAUCAUCGUCUCUGAAGUAUCAAUGGUUCGUGACAUUCGUGAUCGUGAAAUUCGAAUUUACACCGACGCUGGUAGAAUUUGUCGUCCCCUUCUGAUUGUUGAGAAUGGGAAGUUGCUGCUCAAAAAACGCCACAUUGAUAUGUUAAAGGAGCGAGAAUACAAUAAUUACGGUUGGCAAGAUCUGGUGGCUCGAGGAGUAGUCGAGUACAUCGACACUAUGGAAGAAGAGACAGUGAUGAUUACCAUGAAUCCCGAUGAUUUAACUCAAGACCAGCGGUACGCGUAUUGUACCACGUACACACAUUGUGAAAUUCACCCAGCCAUGAUUUUGGGUGUUUGCGCUUCCAUCAUUCCGUUUCCUGAUCACAAUCAGUCUCCUCGUAACACUUACCAAAGUGCUAUGGGUAAACAAGCCAUGGGAGUUUACAUUACGAAUUACCACGUGCGGAUGGACACCCUCGCCCACGUCCUCUACUACCCACAAAAGCCUCUUGUAACUACUCGAUCCAUGGAGUACCUCCGGUUCAGAGAGCUUCCAGCCGGAAUAAACAGCAUUGUCGCGAUCGCCUGUUACACCGGGUACAAUCAGGAGGACUCUGUUAUUCUCAAUGCGUCGGCAGUGGAUCGAGGCUUUUUCAGAUCUGUAUUCUUCCGGUCUUACAAAGAUCAGGAAUCUAAGCGAAUUGGGGACCAGGAAGAGCAAUUUGAAAAGCCGCAGCGCCAUAGCUGUCAAGGGAUGAGAAAUGCAAUUUACGACAAAUUGGAUAACGACGGAAUCAUCGCGCCUGGCGUUCGCGUCUCUGGGGAUGAUGUGAUUAUCGGUAAAACUAUUACUCUCCCCGAAACGGAGGACGAAUUCCAAGAAGCAAAUCGUCGCUAUGUGAAACGAGACGCGUCCACAUUUCUACGAAACUCAGAAACCGGUAUCGUCGAUCAGGUUAUGAUCACUUUGAAUGCUGAAGGCUACAAAUUUUGUAAGAUUCGCGUCCGUUCGGUGCGUAUCCCUCAAAUUGGAGACAAGUUUGCUUCUCGGCAUGGGCAAAAGGGAACAUGUGGUAUUCAAUAUCGGCAAGAGGACAUGCCGUUCACUUGUGAGGGGAUAGCACCCGAUAUAAUAAUCAAUCCUCACGCCAUCCCGUCUCGGAUGACAAUCGGCCAUUUGAUCGAGUGUCUCCAGGGGAAGGUGUCAUCAAACAAAGGAGAAAUCGGGGACGCCACCCCUUUCAACGAUGCCGUCAACGUCCAAAAGAUCUCAAAUAUUCUCCAGGAAUAUGGCUAUCAGCUCCGAGGAAAUGAGAUCCUGUAUUGUGGUCAUACAGGGAGAAAAAUCAAUGCUCAUACCUUCUUGGGCCCAACCUAUUAUCAAAGACUUAAGCACAUGGUGGACGAUAAGAUUCACUCGAGAGCUAGAGGACCAGUCCAGAUCCUUGUGCGUCAACCCAUGGAGGGCCGAGCUCGUGAUGGUGGUCUCCGAUUCGGUGAGAUGGAACGGGAUUGCCAGAUUUCUCAUGGAGCUGCCCAGUUUUUGAGGGAGCGCUUAUUCGAGGUCUCGGAUCCGUACCGAAUUCAUAUUUGUGAUCUAUGUGGACUUAUUGCCAUUGCUAAUCUGCGAAGUAAGACGUUCGAGUGUCGGGGUUGUAAAAAUAAGACACAGAUUUCUCAAGUCCGACUUCCCUACGCAGCCAAACUUCUCUUCCAAGAGUUGAUGUCGAUGAACAUCGCCCCUCGUCUGAUGGUGUUAUAAAUCUUUUCUAAACAAAACUGGACUGACGAUAUCUUUUUGAUGACUCUAACUUAAGUAUUUAGCACAAUGUUAUUUUUUUUCUGAAAGUAUUACAAAACUUGUUGAUGUGUGAAUGAAAAGUAAAUGAUAACUUAUAUAUGACCAUUUGUACCAGUGUAAGCCAUUUUUGUAUAACAGAAAUAAAUGAUAAGAAAAUGACAA